GAAAGACAGAAGAAAAGAAAAGAAAAACACUCCCUCGUCUGUUCUCUUUUUCUUCCUUCACUUCCUUACUCCCCCCGUCUCUCUCUCUCUCUCUCUCUCCUUCCCUGUCCUUCUCGCGCUCCCAUUUAGUUCGGAGAAAACAUGAAGGAAAAGAGGAGCAAAUUCCAGCGUGGACCAAAGUCAAGUGAAAGUUUCUCCUGAGCGGGGAUCUCAUCAUUACAAAGCGGAUGGACGGACAGGAAGGAAAAUAUCAAUUCAAGUCCUUGCCGUGAUAAGCGCUUAGAUGAAUAAACAAUCGCUAAAGUCAUAAACUGUGCUCGCUCGUGAAUGUGUGACAGUCGCGUCCGCGUGCGUUGAGCCAGCCGGACUCGAGGCUUUGGCUCGGGCUCUGGUUCUGAACACUGAAGGUCAGAGACUUAAAACCGAGAAGUAGAGGCGUCGCCACCCGUCGAUUCAGCAGUCAUGGCCGGGGCGAAACCGGGAGUACACGCGUUGCAGCUCAAACCGGUGUCUGUCCAUGAGGUGCUCAAACGGGGGAGCAAGUUUAUCAAAUGGGACGAGGAGGCCAACAGCACACCCAGCCUCGUCACCCUCAAAGUGGACCCAGAUGGAUUCUUCCUCUACUGGUCUGGAGGGACCAACAUGGAAGUGGAAAUCCUGGACAUCAGUCAAAUCAGGGACACCAGGACAGGGAGAUUUGCCAAGAUGCCAAAGGACCAACGCAUACGUGAUACGUUGGGUUUGGGCAAAGGAGAAGGGAACUCAGACUCAAAGCUGCUAACUGUUGUCUACGGCAACGACCUGGUCAACAUCUCCUUCCUCAACUUCCAAGCUGUGCAGGAUGGCUAUUGCAAGGUGUGGACUGACGAACUGUUUAAACUUGCCACAAACAUACUGUCCCAGAAUGCUUCCCGCAAUACCUUCUUAUUCAAAGCUUUCACAAAGCUGAAGCUGCAGGUAAAUCAGGAUGGGAAAAUCCCAGUGAAGAACAUCCUGAAAAUGUUCUCGGAUAAGAAACGUGUAGAGACGGCGCUGGAGCACUGUGGACUGGUCAAUAACAGGGCGGAUCAUGGUAUAAAGCCAGAUGACUUCACCUGGGAAAUGUUCCAGAACUUUCUCAACAAACUAAGUCCCAGACCAGAGGUGGAGCGUAUCUUUGUGGAGCUUGGCUCUAAAGGGAAACCCUUCCUGUCUCUGGAUCAGUUGAUGGACUUUAUAAAUCGCAGACAGAGAGAUUCUCGACUAAAUGAGGUUCUUUACCCACCGCUCAAGCGAGAUCAGGUCCGCCAGCUCAUGGAGAGAUAUGAAAGCAACACCAGCCAGCUGGAAAGAGAUCAGAUCUCCCUAAUGAGCUUCACAAAGUAUCUUGGUGGGGAGGAGAACUCUGUGGUUCCUCCUGAGAGGUUGGACAUCCUCGAUGAUAUGAACCAACCCCUGUCCCACUAUUUCAUCAACUCUUCACACAAUACAUACCUCACAGUGGGGCAGUUGACGGGCCUGUCGUCAGUAGAGAUGUACCGGCAGGUGUUGCUGACAGGAUGCCGCUGUAUAGAACUGGACUGCUGGAAGGGCCGCCCACCUGAAGAAGAGCCAAUCAUCACGCACGGUUUUACCAUGACAACUGAGAUUCCAUUCAAGGAGGUGAUUGAAGCUAUCGCUGAAAGUGCAUUCAAGACGUCUCCAUAUCCUCUCAUCUUGUCCUUUGAGAAUCACGUGGACUCAGCAAAGCAGCAGGCUAAAAUGGCAGAGUACUGUCGCUCUAUGUUCGGAGAUGCGCUGCUCAUUGAUCCCCUAGAGAAAUAUCCGCUGGUUCCUGGUCAACAACUGCCAAGCCCCCAGGAGCUGAUGGGGAAGAUCUUGAUCAAGAACAAGAAGAAACAUCACCACAGGGCAACUAACGGUGGCAGCAUUAGACGCAAGGAAGGGACAGACGGACAGUCCUCGCCUUUGAAUGAUUCUCCGUUGUCUGAAGGGGAUAUGGGCCAGAACAUGUCCAAUGGGGGCGAGAAGCUUGCAGAGAGGAUGACCAAAGACCUUGAUAUCCGCAAGUCUAUUGACCGGGGAGAUGGAGAGACUGAUGAAGAGGAGGAAGAGGAACCCAUUCCAGAUCCAAAGAAACAUAACAACACUGAUGAGGGUACUGCGUACAGUGAGGUGAACGCUACAGAGGAGAUGUCCACAUUGGUCAACUACAUAGAACCAGUCAAAUUCAAAUCAUUUGAGGCGGCAGCGAAGAGGAAUAAGUAUUUUGAGAUGUCAUCUUUUGUGGAGACCAAAGGCAUGGACACAUUGAAGAGUUCUCCCAGCGAGUUUGUCGAAUACAACAAAAAGCAGCUAAGUCGCAUCUAUCCCAAAGGGACACGUGUGGAUUCCAGUAACUAUAUGCCACAGCUCUUCUGGAACAUGGGCUGCCAGAUGGUGGCGCUAAACUUCCAAACUCUCGACUUGCCGAUGCAGCUGAACAUGGGGGUGUUUGAAUAUAAUGGCCGCUGUGGUUAUCUGCUGAAGCCAGAGUUCAUGAGACGCACGGAUAAACACUUUGACCCCUUUACUAUGGACAUUGUGGAUGGCAUUGUAGCCAACACGGUUAAAAUCAAGAUCAUCUCAGGUCAGUUUCUGAACGAUAAGAAGGUUGGUGUUUAUGCGGAGGUAGACAUGUUUGGACUUCCUGCAGACACUAAAAGAAAAUAUCGAACAAAAACUUCUAACAACAACUCUCUGGACCCAGUCUGGGAUGAUGAAACCUUUGUGUUCAAUAAGGUGGUAUUACCUACCCUGGCAUCUCUUCGAGUAGCAGUGUAUGAGGAAAAUGGGAAGUUUAUUGGUCAUCGUAUCUUGCCAGUGUCGGCUCUGCGCCCAGGAUAUCACUACAUCAGUCUGAAGAAUGAGCUGAACCAACCACUCAUGCUGUCAUCCCUACUUGUGUACACUGAAGCACAAGACUACAUCCCCAACGAGCACCAAGAGUAUGCAGAGGCUCUGACAAACCCCAUCAAACAUCUCUCUUUGCUGGCCCAGAGAGAAAGGCAGCUAUUAGCACUUAUGGAGGAACCCACUGAGGGUGGGCCUGCGAAACCAGACGAUCGAGACGGGAUUGACUCUGGCGGCGCGAACCCUGCUGACCCUUUCUGCCCUCUGCCAUCUCCAACACUUUCUCCUGUAGUCGCCGAGGUCAUGAAUCCUCCUCCAUCAGGCGCAAAAGAAGAUCUAAUCAACAAUAUUCUUAAAGUAAUCGAACCUCAGUCUAUUGAUGAGUUCAAACAGCACAACUCCUACCAGAAGCUGUUGAAGAAGCAGUGCAAAGAACUCAAGGAGCUGAGCAAGAAACAUCAGAAAAAGAUGUGGGCUCUCAGUAAGGAUCAAAGGACUCGCUGUAAUCAGCUAAACUCUGACCUCCAGAGGAAACGGAGUCAGGUGGAGAAGCGUCUGCGCUCCAGUCUGAAGAAAAAGGGUGUUUGCUGUUUGCGUGUGCACAGUGGGUCAGAGGAGCCCGUGCAGAGGGAAUUGAACGAGCUGGAUCUGGAGCUACAGCGACAGACGGAGCAGUUUAGAGAGGAGCAGAUGAAGGAGCUUCUUGAGCUCAGAAAGGCACACCAUCAGAUAGAGAAAGAGGCUAAACAAUGCCACCUCAAAGAGGCCAAUCAGAAACUGAGGGAAAUCGCCCAAGACUGCCAAGCAGCCCAGAUCAAAAAACUCAAGGAAGUGUGUGACAAAGAGAAGAAAGAGUUACAGAAGAUUAUGGACAGGAAGAGGCAAAACAGCAUCAUCGAGGCCAAGAAAGCAGAAAAGGAAAAGGCUGAGACCAGGGAGCUGAACGAGAUCAAUAAAAAACAUAUCAAUGAAUCAGUCAGCUUAAUCCGUCAGCUGGAAGAUUCUCAGGGGAAGCGUCAAGAAAAGUUAAAAGCCCUUCACAAGGACAUCCUUCAGAAAAUAGUGGAGGAGGUUCCUCUGAAUCAGGCCCGUCUGACACGCGAGUGUGAGGCGGAGCUGAAGCUCUUACCAGAGGAGAUCUCUCACUUCAUGCAGGAGCUUGAGAGCAAAGGCUCUCGUAAAGACACCCUGAUCGGUCAGGCCAAUGACAGCCCCAGCUCUGGCCCCUCCUCCAACUGCAGCACACCCCCUUACUCCUCCCCCAACCACAGCUGGAGCAACAUGGGCAAUAUCUCACUGCUGGAAUCCUCCUCAACCUCAAACACUCCCGUCAAGUCAGAGGCGGAUACUACAGGAGUAUACUAGUGAUACUACAUUUUGUUUUAUUUGACUUUCCUAUCACUCUCUCCAAUCCAUUUCUGUCCACAGUGGAUUUUAAGAAUAGACAUAGUAUUACUAAAAAUUGUAUGCAUUUUUGAGGAUUUUUUAAACCUGCAUACUCUUUGCCACUCUCUGAAUCAAAUCUGAUGUCUUUUUUUUUCUUUUUCUUUUUUUAAUCAAAGUUUUAAUCCAGAAACAAAGUGGAUUUUAUCUAGCUUUAAUGACGUGGGCUCUCAUACAUACUAAUGCCUGUACGUAAGACACCUGUGGAAAACAGAGGGAUGGGGUUCUCUAUUUAUUUCUGUUGUAUAUUGUGCACUUUGCAGCUUUACGUGUAGUUACAUGAGUCGUCCUGAAGGUGGCAGUGUAAAUUUGGCAGUAAAGAAUUCUGAGGAUGUGAUGCUAACGCUAGGCUAAUGCUUAAUCUGGUGGUAUGGGUUUACAUAAUAAUGCACAGAUGGACUAUUGCUUACCCACCCCCCAAAAACAGAUUUCAUUUCAUUCAUUUUACCACUGCAUCCAAAACAUCCUGUCAUGUGAAUGUUUAUCUGGUCCUAAAUUCACUCUCAGAAAAAAAAAAAAAAUCUGCAAAGAUUGUACCAAUAAGGGAACAAAAGCUUGUCACAAAGGGACAACUUUGUAUCUUAUUUAUCCCGUAAAGGUGUAUAUUAUUGCAUUAAAGUAGUAAUAUAUAUACCAUUAAAGUAUUACAAUGAAUCCUUUAGGGUUAAAUAAGGUACAAAUUUGUCCAUUUAAGGGUGCCGCCCCAGUGGCUAGCUGUUGUACCUCUAAAGUUACAAUUUUUGCACUUUUUUUUUUUUUUGUUUAUUUGUUUAUGUCCUAUGACACUUAAAUGUUUAAGUGCCUCAAAUCUACAUAUACAGUACUUCUCUUGAACUCUUUCACCCAGAUAAUUCGUGUAAUCCCACUCGCUCUCUCUCCCGUACCUCCCCCGUAUCUGUCUCCCUGUCGGUUGGCUUAAUCUAAUCCCGACUCUGUGAGAUGUGGGAUCACUGCCAAUUACACACUGUCUGAAAUCCAGUGAUGUCCAGGAAACUUCAUGGGCCAUCCCUUGUAUUUUUGUCCAACCUCAGACGAAUCCGCUCACGAAUCCCGUCUUAGAUCCCCCCCUCUUGCUUUAUCAAGGUCUGUACAGAAUCAGCCAUAACAUGUUGCAUAAUAAAAAGCAUAUAAGCAUAUUUUUUUUUAUGUGAGAUUGAAGCAAGACUUUUACAGCUUAGCUCCGAUCACCGCAAUCCAGGGCUUUUUUUAAUCCAUUAGAAUGCAUGAUGGUUGGAUUUUGCUUUCUCGUACUGUAAUCUGGUCUCCUUCCUCUUCCUGUUUACUUUCAUAACUUUGGUCAGUUUAUGGGUUCUCUGUCCAUUUGCCUAUCUUCCUUUCACUCUCUUUGUGUCUCUCAGGGCUCCGAUGCUCAAAAUUAAGAGAGUUGGAGUUGACGUACAUGCAUUCAGUGCUAGCGUGCAUCAUUCACAUGACAGUGUGCUCUAUGAUCUCGAUCAAAGCACUUUGAGAAAGACACUUAUCUUACAGCACUUAUGACUACCAAACAAUUACAUUUGCUGAGUGAGUAACAUAAUAUGCAACAUGUGCAUUACGUUUCUUCUCCAUGCGUUGAUUAAAAUUUAUUUCCUACAGUUAUUUACAAAGUGUGUGUGUUUGUAUGCGUGAGAUAAGGGCUGGCUGCGAGAAUGGACACUGCACAGUAGAGUUUAGAAGGCCAGAAGGCAAAAGGGCUGAAGUGAGAUGGACAACACCAAUGAGAAGCGAGCAUCGAGGGUUUGUUUAUAUGACUCAGCCCGUUCGCAUGUUAAGUCAAUAGCUUUAUGUACCCGUAUAAGCAGGGAUAAAUGGUACUUGCAUGUAAACAUUUCCUCUCUUCAUGUCUCAUUAUCUUUGGAGAGGGUCAUAAGUGUUGUACAUACUACCAGGAAAUAUUAAUGUGUGCAUUUCAGUCGAAACCACAUGAGUUUAUAUCGAUCUACAUAUAAUUCAUUCCAUUUUAGAGGUAAAUGAAUUCUACUACUGACUAGAGGAGAAGUCGUGAGUGACGUCUGUCUUUUUGCUUGUCUUAGGCUGAUCUAGUGUUCCAGUAACACAGACACACUCUACAGUCGUCCUAAGCACCAUUCAGCUGUCUCUUACUGCCUGUUUGUUGUUUUAUUUUUCUGAGGUACAAGUGUUUUAUUGAGAAACACCUUAAUACUUUAUGGCCUGUAAUUUUAUUAUUUUUAAAUUGUAGACACUUUAUGAUUGUCAUAUUCCUUUCAGUGGCAUGAUUCUGUAUUGUGCCUGUGUAAUAUUGCGUUAUGGUUCUCUUAUGUUUAUAGACGGUAGUAAUGGUUGAAUGGCACUACUUUAUCAUUUAAAAACCUUUUUUUUUCUUUUUUUUUUUUUUUAAAUCAUGGGAUUUAAAACCCCACUUUUUAUUGUCUUAAAAUGGGACAAAAAUUCAGGUUGUUCUUCUGUUUUUUAUUUUAAUUUUUAGCACCUUUUAUUUUAAAAAUGCUUUGCAAAUCAUGUCCUGUAAAUUGAGUUCAUUAGCAUGCUAAUUUCAGUCUAUAAUCAGACGUCCUCAGGGGAUGAGCCAGGCUGGUCCAUCACACUUGUGGGCCCAAACUGAGUGAUGCUUUGUGUGUACUGAAAUCUGUGAGGACUGCAGUCAGACUUUAAGGGACAAAACAUGCUUAACCAAGGGCUAACUUCUGCUCGGCCUCAGUUACAGCUUUAUCCAAGUACGUAUCUCAUAGUUUCUCUCUGCGUCUGUCUCUUUAUCAGCUUCCUACUGAAACACUCUUUUGUUAACACUGUAUGUAGAUAUUGUACUGGUCUGCCUUGUUUAAAGGGAAAAUUAUUACUCUGGAUGUAAUUUUUAUUGCCUCGAUAAAUAAUAUAACUGUACAUUCAAUAAAUGCAGAACAUUGUCAAACAUG